CACACACGUCUAAUUCCGUGUGCACACAUGCUCACGUACGUCGAAAAACUCGUAUGUGUACUCGUAGCUUCGGGGAGAGAGAGCGUGAAAGGAGAAAGAGAAAAACGUCCAAGCAUCAGCUCAGCUCUGGUUUAGGUUGUCGUGAGGUUUUGUUGUGUGUCUAAAUAAAAAUUGUGUGUAAUUAAAUAAAUAUAUAUUUGUACGUUUCCAUGUUCGUAAGAUAGUUAUCGAAACCCAGCACACAAGUAUUACAAGUCAGAUCGCAUUUAAUUAACAGAACGUGUGCACUGUUCGUAUCGCUAAAUAAUAAGCGGUUAGGGCAGAAUUAAAAUAUUUUUGUUGGCUCCCAAUACGCAGUAAUGUCGGUGGAAUCGCUCACCGACUCCGAACUUCGCAGCAAGCUCGCAGAAUAUGGAUAUCCUGUCGGCCCGGUGACCCAGACUACCAGGAAGAUCCUCGUCAAGAAGCUCAAGAAUCUCAUCGAAUCACGAGGCGCCGCGGGAUCACGUCAUUCACUCCUCGCCAGAUACAGCAGCGAUGAUACUGAUGACGACACCGCGUCCAGCACGACGAGGAAGAAAAAAGCAGCAGCGAGUAAUCGUCGACAGACGAUGGCAAAUCCGAUGCCGCCACCGGCACCCGCGCCACCGGUUACCACGACUAUACCAUCACGAAGUCCGUCAAAACGACGUGCUGGUUCACGGACUUCUGAGUCUAAAGAAAUCGUUGUACCGGACUACGACGAGCCAACGAGCAAUACAACCUCUUCAACAUCCUCACGUGUAAUUAAAAACGUUACCAAGAAAGUAUCAAAGUCCUACAAGCUAUCGACGAUCAACGACGGCUUGGAGACUGGAUCAGACUCAGAUAUUCCCGAGGAACCAGAAAAAUCAUCAGCUAAAUUACAAAAUGAAAAAUCGUACUCGCGAAAAGAUCGAAGCUCAGCUGACGUCGAGAGACCGACUAAAUCUUUUGUUGAAAGACCAGCAAAGUCUUACGAGUCGACGAAAUCGUACGAGCCAAUACCCAGAGUUUCUCUCACACGAGAAGAAAAAUACUCAGUGCCUCUAUUUAAGCCCAAUAUAUCUCCAAUAGCUCCAGUCAAAGAAGAUAAUUAUAAACGCGAUGACACAAAUGUUAAUGAGUUGCUUGCCAACUAUGAAAGUCCUUUCUUGUCUGAAUUCACUCGCAGACUCAGUUCUCAGACGAAAACUAACGUGAUACCAUCAAGAACUUACAAAAGUACCGGAGUAAGGUCACCACGUCUAGAGAACAAAGACGGAGAUACCAACGGACACUUUCCAUCUCCAAAAUCAUCGUACAGUUCUCCAAGUUCUAGAUACGUGUCUUCGUCGAACGACAGACCUCGGGAAGUGGUAACCAGGAGCUACAAAGCGCCAGUUACCAAGGAAGACAACAGAAACAAUCAAAACAUGGUCUCCAUGAUACUCGUAAUAGUACUGGCUCUGUUCUUCGGCGGGCUGGCUAUUGUUUACUUGGGUCUUGGUGGUAAAUCCGAGACCGUACCGUCACUUCCGAUGGACAUUGAAGUACCGCUCUGUAAAAGUGAUCACGACAAGCCAGGCGUUAAUUGUAUACUUGAGGAAAACGUUGAGACUGUGAUGCAGCUGCUGAAAAAGCUAAGGCCGAUACUGACGAGGAAAGCUGUAGCCGCAGCCUGCGAAGAUUCCCAUCAACUUCCUUAUCUCACAGACUCUGAUAUCAUCAGUAUGCUCAAGAGUCAAAAAGUGAAAGAAUUAGAAAUCACGAGUGAUCUACACAACGCUCAGCUUCUUAUUUUUGAAAAUCCUAAAUGGGGGAUUUCUUUGAUUGAAGUUGAACAAGGAAAAGAUCUUGAAGAAUCUGUUUUUGAUUCAAUGGAAAAUGUAUUUCAGUCAAGGUUGGAUAAUAAAGUCGCGAUGGUGAUGUUAAAUCCCGAGUUACCAAUGAUGUGUAUGAUAAAACAAAAAAUAAUGAGCAUAUUAUCAACUCUAUUGAUUAUGAUUGCCGGAGUGACGAUGAUAUUCGGCGGUCAUUUAUUCGUACAGUGGUACAUUAAAUACAAAAAGUCAACAGAACGAGAAGUAUUCCAGUUGGUGAGCGAAAUAAUCAGCAUGGUGGAGUUGCAUCACCAGAGCGCGAUGACCACGAGUCCCGGCGGGACGCAAGAAAGUUACCUGGCGAUAAAUCACGUUCGCGAUAAUCUGAUCCCACCGAAGGACCGCAAGAAGAUGGCGGGUCUGUGGGAGAAAGCGGUUAAAUUUUUGGAUGAGAACGAGUCGCGGAUUCGCCGUGAGGUCCAGCAGGUAUCAGGUGAAGAGUUCCACGUGUGGCGCUGGCUUCCCAAUGUCAGCAGUUCACCACCGACGACACCCGUCAUCAAGAAGACCAAAGUCUGGCAAGGAAAUGCCUUUGAGACCAUGGAAGGUUCCGUCAAUAGUCUCACGUGUUCGCCUACUCCUUGUUUAAAAAUUCGUCACAUGUUUGACCCGGAUGUUGAAUUUGAAGAUGAUUGGGAAAUAAAAGUUCAAGAUGCGAUUCUAGAAAAAUGUGGCGAAGGUGUUAAAAUUCUUCAUAUUAGAGUUGAUCGUGGUAGCCGUGAAGGAUGCGUAUACAUGAAAUGUUUUUCACAAGAAGAUGCUGGUAAAGCUUAUCGUGCUCUUCAUGGCUGUUGGUUUGAUGGACAUCUUGUAACUGUUAAAUAUUUACGACUAGAACGGUAUCACGAACGUUUUCCCGAUGCAGUGCGUUGUAAUAAUCCAUUAAAACCAAGUAAUAAUCAACGACUCUCUAUGCAAGCGCACUACUGGCAAAGUCCACUGGAAGCCAAUUAAUAACAUUUUAUUUAAUAAUUUUCACUGAAAGAUUAUUCAGUUUUUUUUUUAUUCUAACGGACGUCCUACGCGAUAAUUAAAUUAAAAUGAAAAAACAAAGUAUCAUAAUUCUGUAUAGUUAACGAUUUUAAUGGAAACAAGUAAUGACUUGAAUUUAUAAAUUAAUAUUUUGAAUUUGAAUUUUAUAAUUCCAAUUUAUAUCAAAUAUCGCGUAUAAUUAAUUACUUAAAUAACAGUUAAGCUGAGACUAAGAUAAUUAAUAGAUUAAUAGACCAGCCCAGAAUGGAUCCUUAGUGGAUUUAAAAUAAUUAAAAGUAUAGUUCUUAAUUGUAAAGAAAAAAAAAUCUUAUUAUUCUGGGCGACAUGUACAGUUAAUCGUUUGCCUUCAGACUUACAUCUCUUGUUUGUCACAUUAUUUUUAUUUGUUCAUCACUCUUAAAUAUAAAUUAACUAAUUAAUUAAUUAAUAAAAUAAAUAAUAGUUAUUAAUAAAUAAAUAAAAAUAUUUUAAUGAGCCAUGCGCUCGUAUUAAAAAUUUUUAUUCACGCUACAGAUUAUUAAUUUUUAAAUUUUAUUUUUAUUCACAAAACAACUUAUUAAUAUUAAAUAUAAAUAAAUUGUUGAUAUUGGUCUUGCUCGUGCGUAAUUAUAAUUUUUACAUAAAAAAUAAGAAUAAGAAUAAAAAAAAAAAAAAAUUAAAAUUGUACCUGUGAUUAAAAUAAUCAGGCUUAUUUUAUAAUAAAUAAAAAUAAAAAUAAAAAAAAGCCGAUUGGAUGUGAUUUAAUAUCACGUACACGCCUUAGGUACAUUGCAUUUUUUAAUUUUAUAUUUAGCGUUAAAUACGCACAUUUAUUAAAUUUAUAACAAAAUAAGACAAUUAAUUAAAAAUAUUUGAGUAAAUAAAAAUUAAUUAUAAAUAA